AUGAACCAAGUUGUCUUUAAUUCAGCAUUGGGUUGUGCGGUUCAAAUUAGAUCAUGUGAUCACUGUUUUCAUCGCAAGAUCAAGUGUGAUCGACGCACUCCAUGUUCAAACUGUCGAGAGAACGAUUUACAAUGCCAAUACAAACGACCUCGAAAGAAACGUCGGUACAAUCGACCGGUGUCGGAUGCUCCAGAUGUAAACUCGAGAGUAUCUUCUGAGACGCUCAGCAUACCAAGUGACGGAAGAAUAGAUUACUUGGCUGUUGAAACUGGUGACUCCAUGGCAGUGAGCACCCCUGCGCAGGCACAGCAACUGGAUUCGAUGCGUCUGAACAAUUCUAUGCACACACAAGUUACUACAGUCUCUCCUAUGCAGCUGGGGACAGAUUACUGGGACCUUGGGUUGGGAGAAUGCUUCUUCUAUCCAAAAACGUUCCUCGGAGUGGUGGACCUUCCUCCCUACUCCCCCUCACUGCCACUGAGCAUGCCUGCAAGUCCUGAUAUAUACCUCUCAACCCCACUCCAGAAUCCUUCAGGUCAAAACGAAACGCUCGACCAUCUCCUAAGUGACAGCACCGUCCCGCAGCUUAUCGACGUAUUCCUAGAACGCCUACAGCAGUCCAUGCCCUUCUUUACCCGCUCGUUUCUGCUUCAAAACAUCGCCAGUCAACGACAUGUUCAUGAUCGGUCCUUUGGCUCCUUAGUUCAAGCCAUCUGCUCUCUAGUCUUACUUCAGCCAGUGCAGAGUCAAGAAAAGCGCCCAUGGCCAAACCGUGAGGCAAGGGCCGACGCUCACUUGGCUUUAGCCGUAAACUUGCACUCACAGGCUGACCUCGGCCAGAGCCCAACUCUAGAGGCAAUCAUGACGAGUGUCUUCUUGUUUGCCUGUCAGUUCUGCAAGGGAAAUUUUGAUGCAGCCAGAUUUCGGCUUAGGGAGGCUGCAGCUUUAGCCGAGGUGAUGAAUCUCGACAAGCCUGAAUCAUAUGGCCAGAUUGGAGACACGGAGAAACAACGAAGACUCCGCACAUUGAUCAGCCUCACAAUAAUUGAGAGGAUCUACUCAGUUCAGAGAGACUACAUUCCGGGCACGAAACUACUGAGCCGGAACAAGCUGCAAGAACUACAAAACGCCAUCGCAUCUUCGGAUGAUAGGGGUGAAAGCGAGAACAUCAUUGCCAUGGAAGGUAUCAGCAGCAUGCUGGAGCAGGUGGACUUCAUCGAUCCCGAUAUAAUAAAAUGCUGGAAAGGUUUCUGUUGGGGAGAAGAGUCCCCGACACAUGUCACCAAAAGCACAAUACUCACUCUACUACGACGGUACCGGAUUCCGCCACAGUUCUCCGGACCUUCUGGUAUUGAUACACACGCUCAGCAUGCAGAUAUCCUUGUUACCAGGCACUGGAUCAGGAUCAAGCUAUGGUCUUUGGCCAGUAGCCACGGCUAUGUUGAAGCCCUAUCUGACGAUGAGGAGUUCCGUAAUGAAUACGCCCUGACCAUUGCCAGUGAGGCUCUUGAUACCUGUUUACAGUUCGAGAUGACUAGUCUCGAAGUACAUGGCGUUGGACUUGUUGAGAAACUCUCUGAUAUAGCGACUUGUGCAGCAUUACAAGUCAAUGAAUGUUGCGCCGCCUUCUCGCCUAACCAAGAGUAUCCCAUUCAUGCAGACUUAAGAGACCCUAAUACAAACGGAAUACUGCCACAGGAAGACUCUCCGAACUCGAGGUCAAGUUCAGGGCAUGUGAUUAAUGGCGCCGAGGAGAUGCUUAAUGGCUAUCUCUCGCUAUUUGCAUCUUUCCGCAGAGGGAAACACCCCUUCCUUAAACCGUAUAUGCACCUCUUAGUAAAUAGCUACUGA